UAAUCCUGAAGCCUGGGAAAACAUUUAUUUAUACUCAGUUUGUUGUGUAUUACGAAUAUCCCUUCUCAUGUGAAGAGCCAUGCAAGAUCUGGGACUCUAAAGCCAAUAAAAAUGACCUACAUAUGACGUGGCUCAAUCGCAUUUCAAUUGCCAUUUGCAUUCAAGUAUUCCUGUCAGUUGAUAUUGUCUUCUAAAGGAGAGCAAAUGUGCGAACUUAAAAUAAAUACUUAGUUUAUUUGAGAAGUAAUUUUUUAAUUAAUACAAUAUCGUAUCUAUCACAUUAUAGAGUAGCAAAUUCAUUUAGUUUAUAAUUUUUAUUAAAAUUGAAAGAAUAAUGGGGAUAAAGAAAAUCAUUUGGUGGCUCAUACUUGUAUACUCUUAUGAUAAAAUUUGGACAUUUAAUGACAUUUUGAACAGACGCUCUCCGACACCUCAUACUCAAAUGGGACAACUCUUCAAAUCAUGUUAUUCUGACCGACUGAACCCAGUUGUAAUUACCACCAAUCUGAUUGAUAUAAUCGACGAACUCCGAGUGGAGGAUAUAAACUUCUCAGUAAUGACUAUUGACCGUGAUUUCAAGGCUAAGGACAUACAAAUAUUCAUACCUGCUUACCCGCUGUACAUCGUAUCAACAGAUUCAACCGAUCAACUGCAAGGACUUCUCAAGGAACUGAAAUCGACACCGAUCUGGAACAUUGUAUCGAUAUUCUUCUUCAUCGAAGCUGGAGGGAACUAUUGUCAAAAUGCAUCGCAAGUGUUGCAAUUACUUUGGAAAUUCGAUCUGUUAUCUUCCUUUUACUUUUGCAUUGAGCCCAACAACGAUAUUAUGCUUUACACUUACAAUCCGUACACCAAUAGAGCCCCUGAUUCAUGGACCGAAGUCAACACAAAUGACAAACCAGACAGUCAGUGGACUUUAUAUAAGCAACUGUACCUUCCACAUGAUAAAGGAGUAUGUCAAAAUCUCAGCUACGACAAAACAAAGGUUCUAGGUGGUUAUGAAAUAAAAGCUGCUAGUGAUAGUAUGUCAUGGGAGCAUAUUACCCGCAACGAAACCUACAACAUCUCUAGUUUUGAGGAAACAUUGAUGAAUAGUGAUAAAAUUUUCAUGGUGACCUUAUUCUCAGCAUUGAAUGUUACGCCAAAAAUUACUUACGAUUUCGAGGGUAAAUAUGAGAAUAACACUGUAAAAGGUUUUUUAAAGCUACUGGUAAACGCAACCCACGAUAUAAGUACUUCUGUCCGAAAUAGACAGAAUGCCAUCGGAGUUGUUGAUCGAAUUAAUCUUCACUAUCAAAAUGGACUUCUCAUAUUGACGCAAUACAGGCCGUUUGAAAUACCUGCCGAAGAAGUUGCUGAUUUUUACGACAUACAUCGUGCUGCUGCACUCUUUUUAGGCGUAUUAGUAGUAACUUUUGUAACCAUCGUCCUAAACACUGACAAUGACUAUGCUCAAGCGGCUCUAGAUAUUUUACGAAUGGUAGUAGGCGCCGGAAUUCUCUCGCCACUUCAACGAGUAUCAAUGAAGAUUUGUUUUGCAGUAUCAUUUUUAAUAAUUUUCUUUAUAAAUCCGGCAGUUCAAGGCAAAAUAACGUCUUAUUUGUCAACUCCGGACCAGCGCAAUGUUGAAAGUUUCAAAGAUGUAUUUGAUCAAAAAUAUAACUUAUAUUUUUCUCCUUUUUACGAACCAGACAUUCGUGACCUAAACUUAUGGGUAAAUUCGUCAGACAAAAAAUAUUUUCAACCACGAGAAUCCGUCUUUUGGGGUUGCUCACAAUACGUUCUAAAUAAUUCGUCUAACGCGUGCUUGACUUACAGUGAACUUCAAGUAGCGGAUGCUUUAAAGCAUAAAUUACAUGUUACAAAGACGUUUGAUCUCAAAUUUUACAUGACGUACUGGGUAAGAAAAAACUGGGCACUCAAAGAUCGGAUUGAUCAGAUAGCGUUGAAAAUGACAGAAGCUGGUCUUUUGGAUCAUUGGGACAAAAAAGCACGACAUUGGCCUUUAAAGAAAAUCAAAGAGUAUGAAUCUCUUAGCAGCUUAACUGAAUACGAACAAUUUGAACUUGAAAACAUGUUCUUUGCCUACAUAUUCUUGUUGCUGACUACAACUCUUGCUUUUAUUGUAUUAGGCUUUGAAAUCCUCCUAAAGAAAAUUCGACCACGCAGAAGAUUACGAUUGCAGCAACAAAUUCUAAUAUUCAAUCGUCGAGUCCACGUUAUCAAUGAAUGGGUGUAA